AUGUGGUAGCUGUGUGUAAGAGAAAGAGCGGGAACGAGCAAACGAACGCAAGGGCAGCGUUUUGCGAGGAUCGCGAUUUUCGAGCCGUCCGCUGGGAACGAUCACAAUUUCGCGUCGAUACGCAUCGAAAAAAAUCGCUCGUCACCCACCUCUGUCGCUAAAUCGCGCGGUCCUACGCACACGCGCGAUAAAACGCGGAAGAGAAAGAGAAAAAGAAAGAGAGAGAGGGAGAAGCAGAUCUGUUCCUUUUGCACUUUCUCCCUUAGGAGUAGAGGAAGGGCGAAAACGAGCGUCGAAGGGAGAAGGAACAACGCAGUUUCAGUGCAGCACUGGCGUGCACCGAAAACGACAGGUCUAAAGAGAGAGAGAGAGGGAGUGAGAAAAGUGGCGCGUGCAGAGCGGAGCGAAUGCGAGCCAGUGACGUAGCGAGAAUCGCACGCUCAUUGGUUUUUCUCUAUUCUCAAUGUACUCGGAAUAUUGUUGUUUUUACGGUUUGUGGUGCGCCGAGCACGUGCCUUCUUUUGGUGUUGACAUUUAAGUCGAGGAACGGCUGGACGAGGACGGACGGGCACUUGAUUUCAGCCUCGCGUCCCCGGGCUGUGCCGUUUCCUAACCUCCUCGCUAACGUUUCUGGAAAACGGGUGAUUUCAGCGUCUGAAUGCAAACGAGACGUAACACGUUUUGUGUUUCCGCAGACAAUACCCGGUCGACUCGUGUCGUGACCCAAUAGGGGCCAAGCACAUCGUCAUCGUGACGGCCUCCACGGACGAUAUCAAGGAGGACUUCGUGAUGAAGCAGGAACCGGAAGACGAGGAAGACUGUUAUCUCGACGACGACUCGAUGCCGGCAUCCUCGCCACCGCCGCCGCCGACGGCGCGCACACAUUCGUCGACCCUGCUACCGACGCAGUCGUCCUCCUCGUCGUCGUCGUCGUCGGCAGGUAGACACGGCGUCCACCGCGUGCGUUCCCACACCGGCAGCCUGCGCGCCAUGGCGAAUCCGAGCGCAGUAUGGGCGCACUUCGACCUCUGCGCCAACGAUCCCCUGCGCGCACAGUGCCGUAUCUGUGGGGCGGUUGUGGUCCGGGGCGGUGCGAACCCGCGUCAGUGCGGCACGACGAAUCUCCACCGGCAUCUGCGAGUGCAUCACGGCGGCAGGUUGAUCGGCAGGCGAUAUCACGUGAUGCAGUCAACCUCUCAAGGGAAUGCGGCCGCUAAGACUAUAAGGAUAGCACAGUCUUUGGUGAGACCGCAGUUUCGCAAUAUCGCGCCAGCACCGUUGUCUCAGCAGCAGCAGCAGCCGCAGCAACAGCAGCAGCAACAACCGCGGCAAACGAAGACUCUUGUAUUGAAGACUAUUCCGUUGAAGGUGAAGCAGGUCGCACCUACGACUAUCAAGAUGCCAUCACGGCAGAGCAGUGGAUUGCCGCACAACAUUGUGCACCAACAACCCACGGAAGUUUGCUUGAGGUGGAACAGUUAUCACAGUAAUAUGCAGAACAGCUUCCCGUCGCUGCUGGACGCGGAACAGUUUGUCGAUGUGACCUUAGCGUGCGAGGGACGUUCUCUCAAGUGUCACAAGAUGAUCCUGUCCUCUUGCAGCGACUACCUGGCGGAUUUGCUGCGGGAGAACCCGUGCCAACAUCCCAUUAUCUUGAUGAAAGAUCUGAAGUUCUGGGAAGUGGAGGCGCUGGUUAAGUUCAUGUAUCGCGGAGAGGUCAAUGUUGCCCACGAUAAGCUGCCGCAGUUAUUGAACGCCGCCGAGGCGUUGCAAGUAAAAGGAUUGGCCGGUCCGAGUCCAUCGUCCCAAAGCACAAAGCCACCGCUACUCAUACCUCAGUCGAAGCCAUUGCCGUCGCAACCUGUAGUUCCUAGAGGCAUUACGGAAUCCAAAGAGAACAAGGCGUCACCUUCGGGAGGUGGAGUGUCCACGCCUUCUAGUCCUAAGCGCGCACAGAAGCGGCAACAGUCCGAACCCUUAGAACCAAGGCCUUUUACCAAAAUACGUUUGCAGCGGCCCGUUACGCCGUUGUCGCCGUGUCCUACCGUGAAAAUGGAGCCCCUGGACAUACCCCUCAGCCCGACCGAGUUAUUCUCCGAGGGCAACGAGGACGCGGUAACACCGUCCCCGGAUCUGGACAACCUCAUGAGCCUGCACGAGGAGGACGACGAUCCAGGCGGCGAGGAGAUGAACGACGAGGUCGGGAGAUUACAUUUUUGCGAACUGCCAGCUCCGCCGGACUUGAACGACAGCGAGGACCAAAUGGAAUUUGUACCAACCGACUUCCUCGAACAGCAGCAGCAAGAGGAGGAGAUUCUCGAGGAGGCAGAAUCGAGUUGCAAUAAGGAUAACGAUAGCAGUGGUAGUAAAAAGGAUUCUCCCGAUUAUACGUCCGCCGACGAGGCCGGGGAAGAUGACGCGGCGGCGAGCGAAACGCAGCCGUCGAAGGAGAAGAAAGUGACAUAGUAAGAUACAGGAUACUUUUCAGACGUAACGAUCGUAUGGAACUGCAUGACGACAAUUAAUUUAAGUGCGAGUUAACGUAUAAGAGAUAACCGUGAUCUGGCUUCUCGAGAUUUUCACGAUUUUGAGAGUACAUAUUCUUUACGGUGACGAGCGGCCGCACAAACACCAUGGGAACGAACAUGUGUGUGUGUGUGUGUGUGUGUGUGUGUGUAUAUGCGCGAGAUUCUAUUGUCGUUCGAGAGAGUUUCAUGAAAUCAACGUAGAUUCUCUUUUCGUUUUUCAACGUGCACGAAAUAGAGAAAUAUCGUGUUAGAUAUUACCGUAAAAAUAUGUGCAGAUCGUUCUUAUGCAUCGGCCAUCAUAUAUACCUUAACAUUAUGUACAUUUAGGAUUACUUCAGAGGCACGUAGGCUAUGCAUCCAUUGGAUACGUCGAGAAUAUUUCUCAAAGUUAUACGGUUAGCGGUGGCUCUGUGACUAACAUUAAGUUUGUUGUUGAAGAGAGCCAUCAACCUCGUAACUGAAAGGAAUAUUUUCAACACAUCUAACAGAAUGCACCUAUAAAAGUAUAUUGGGCACUGCUAAAAGGCCGCUCUUGUAGAAGACCUCUUGUAGGAGACUUGAUUAAAACGAUCUGUGCCACAGGCGAUUUUUCUUCAAAACUUUUAUAAGGAGCAACCCUUCUCUGUAUAUAUGUAACUCUAUGGAUAAGGUUGAAGUUAUUAAGAAAUUCUAAUGAACUAUACUUACAUUGGUCUGCGCUUGAGGGAAUCUGACCCGGGAAGCGGUGAAUAAAUUGUACUUUAAUAUUAACGAUAAGUGUUAAGGCAUAUAUAAUGUCUGAUGAUUCCGACGGAAUAUUCAUUUCGCGUUAACGGAAGCAUAAAAUUACAGUUUUGAUGAAAAUAUAAUUAAUAAUGGAGAAGAUGAUCGGUACGAUUAGUGGCAAUAGCGACUAUAAUUAAACCGAAAUUGUUUCUAUCACAAUGUGAAGGGGAGGCUGAAUUCUAUUCAUGCAACUGUGUAAAUAAUGCGUACGAAACACGAAGAGAUCGUUAUUUUUGGAAUGUAUGUAUUGAGUAUACUCGAGAACGUUUGCCGUUUUAUCUUCAGUCUUGUCGUCGUCAAUCAGGUUUUCGAUAAGGGACUUCCUAUUUUUAUUAAUGUACAGCAUUUGACAAGCCUUGAGAGAAAAAGGUGUAUGAUAUGUUAGAAAUAUUUCUCCGCUAGUCCAGUGCAUCUUUUUUUCUUUUCAUCGCGUACGUAUUUAUUUCAACAUCUAUGUGUGCUAACUUCCUAUAUACAUAUAUAUAUAUAUAUAUAUAUAUACGAUACGACAUCCGAUAUAGAGACAAGGCAUUUAUAAGAAUUAAUAGUACCGCUCGAUAUUAUAUCGAAGUACGUAUAUUCGUUCAGUCGUAAGUGGAUGCGAUGAAGAUUUUACUUUGUAUGAGGGAAAAUUCGAAUUUUAGACUUUAGAGUUGUCUUGUAACUUAUUUCGUCUAUAAAGAAAAAAGUCGAAUGUAUCGUGCGUAUCAAUUAAUUGUGAAUUGUAAUUAUUUGCUGUCUUGAAUGCGAACGAGCGACAUGCCUGUUGUUGUGUAAAACCGUGCGUGAUUGGAAUAUAGUGUGUAAAUUGUAAUGUAUGCAGAUACAUUCACAAAUAAACAGAUAUUGUAACUUA